AUGCGCUUCGUUGACGUACUCAGCUCGGUGGAUGAUGCAAUCGAGCGGCGAGAUGGGAUGCGUUAUGGCGACAUGUGCCUCCGAGUUGAACGCGGUGGGGAACGCCGUGGCGGUCGUGGAGGCGGUGAUGGGGGGUCAUAUGGACCUCCAAGACGUAUGGACGUAGAAGUGCGACUUUUGUUGUGCACUGAUUUUGUCUUCAGAUCGGCGUACCGAGUCCGCGUCCAUGGCCUUCCUCCAACUGCAAGCUGGCAAGACUUGAAGGACCAUAUGCGCAAGGCUGGAGAUGUUGGUUUUGCAAGCGUGGAGAACAGGGAACUCUGCAAGUACAUCCGAUCUGUGGGGGGUGUAGGGUUCAGGGAGACGUAUUUGAAGUUGUUCUGGAAUGGCGAUGCUGUUGAGAAGCUUGACCCAGCUGACUGUGGGGAGGUGGUUUGCAAGGAGGGAUUGGUCUUGCACUAUAUUGGCUUUUUCGCGGGAACGGAGCUUUAUCCUGAAGUGGACUAUGCAGUACUGGGCAGCAUGAGUUUUGUUAGUCGUUGCAUGUUGCCUUCGGGGUACGCCGACGUCGGCGUGGCAACAUGA